AUGGAUUUACCCGGACCAAUACAUGAUUUUCUUUUAGUCUUUCUGGGAUCGGGUCUUAUAUUAGGAGGUCUGGGAGUGGUAUUACUCCCCAAUCCAAUUUAUUCUGCCUUUUCAUUAGGAUUGGUUCUUGUUUGUACAUCCUUAUUCUAUAUUCUAUCAAACUCCCAUUUUGUAGCUGCUGCGCAACUUCUUAUUUACGUAGGAGCUAUAAAUGUUUUAAUCAUUUUUGCUGUAAUGUUCAUGAAUGGUUCCGAAUAUUACAAAGAUUUUCAUCUUUGGACCGUUGGGGACGGAGUUACGUCGAUGGUUUGUACAAGUAUUUUUGUUUCACUAAUUACUACUAUUCCAGAUACGUCAUGGUACGGGAUUAUUUGGACUACAAAAUCAAACCAGAUUGUAGAGCAAGAUUUGAUAAGUAAUAGUCAACAAAUUGGGAUUCAUUUAUCAACAGAUUUUUUUCUUCCAUUUGAACUUAUUUCAAUAAUUCUUUUAGUUUCGUUAAUAGGUGCGAUUACUGUAGCUCGUCAAUAA